GUAAAAUUAGUGAUUUAGACGGAAGAUGAAGGUGUAAGUUGUAACGUAAGAAUCCCACAUGGUUUGGAGAGGAAGACGACGACGCAGUGGCAGUGGCUACUGCGCAAUCGCUAAUCGGACAGCGCAGGUGAAGGCCCACGUGGCGGCCGCCGACCAGAUCAAGCGACAAUAUUAAUUUCCACGUACGCUUCAAAACACAGCCGCAGGAACCAGCGGCCACCGUGUUCUUGUUCAUGUUCCAUAUUCCACCAAUCCUCUUCCGCCACGUUCCCAACCUUCUUCUUUUGUUCUUCUUCCCUCUGCAAAAAUUGUCCUUUAAAUACCGCCAACUGAAUCACUGACCCACUACCUCUACUGUUAUAAUUUACCACACAACACUCAUCAAUCUCUUAUCCACUAUCACACCAUCACCAUGGAUCCUUCUCGAGUUUUUACCAGGAAUGCAAGACGUCUCGUCGUCAAGGUGGGAACGGCUGUGGUUACUCGUGGAGAUGGACGGCUGGCAUUGGGAAGGCUGGGAGCUCUGUGUGAGCAGCUCAAGGAGUUGAACUCUCGAGGAUAUGAGGUUAUUCUGGUUACAUCAGGUGCUGUAGGUCUUGGUCGUCAAAGGCUCAGAUAUAGAAGAUUGGCCAAUAGCAGCUUCGCUGAUCUUCAGAAUCCACAAGGUGAUUUUGAUGGGAAGGCUUGUGCAGCUGUUGGGCAGAGUAGCCUCAUGGCUCUUUAUGAUACCAUGUUUAGCCAGCUUGAUGUGACCUCUUCCCAACUUCUAGUGACAGAUUCAGUUUUUUGUGACUCUGGCUUUAGACAGCAGCUUUCUGAGACAGUUAACUCAUUGUUAGAUCUUAGGGUCAUCCCCAUUUUUAAUGAAAAUGAUGCAGUUAGUACUAGGAAAACACCAUAUGAGGAUUCUUCUGGUAUUUUCUGGGAUAAUGACAGUUUGGCAGGUCUAUUAGCUUUAGAACUCAAAGCUGAUCUUCUGGUGUUACUCAGUGAUGUUGAAGGCCUGUAUAGUGGCCCUCCAUGUGACCCGAAUUCGAAGCUAAUCCGGACUUUUAUUAAAGAGAAACAUUUAGGGGAAAUAACAUUUGGUGACAAGUCCAGGUUGGGCAGAGGUGGUAUGACUGCUAAAGUAAAUGCUGCUGUUUAUGCUGCUUCUGCUGGAAUUCCUGUUGUCAUUACAAGUGGUUUUGCCACUGAUAACAUAAUAAAAGUACUUCAAGGUGAGAUGAAAGGAACUCUCUUUCACAAAGAUGCCCAUUUGUGGACUGUGGUUAAAGAAAUUUCUGCAAGAGAUAUGGCAGUUUCGGCCCGGGAAAGUUCGAGGCAGCUUCAGGCUCUGAAAUCUGAAGAUAGGAGGAAGAUAUUGCUGGAUGUGGCUGAUGCCCUUGAAGAUAAUGAAGAUAUGAUUAUUGCUGAGAACCUUGCUGAUAUUAAAGCCGCGGAGGAGGUUGGAUAUGAGAAGUCUCUGAUAUCUCGUCUGGCUCUAAAGCCUGGAAGGAUUGGGACUCUUGCAAGCUCUAUUCGUAAACUUGCAGACAUGGAAGAGCCAAUAGGUCGCAUUUUAAAAAGAAAAGAACUUGCUGAUGACCUUAUUUUAGAAAACACCUCGUGCUCUUUGGGCGUCCUCCUCAUCGUGUUCGAGUCUCGGCCAGAUGCUCUAGUUCAGAUAGCUGCACUGGCGAUACGAAGCGGAAACGGUUUACUCCUUAAAGGGGGGAAAGAAGCCAGGCGAUCAAAUGCAGCUCUGCAUAAGGUCAUCACUUCAGCCAUCCCCGAUACCGUCGGUGAAAAACUUAUUGGACUCAUAACAUCAAGGGAAGAGAUUCCUGAUCUGCUCAAGCUUGAUGAUGUUAUAGACCUUGUGAUUCCAAGAGGAAGUAACAAACUUGUGUCUCAGAUUAAAGAGUCCACAAAGAUUCCUGUUCUUGGUCAUUCAGAUGGGAUCUGUCACGUUUAUGUCGACAAAUCAGCGGAUAUAGAGAUGGCGAAGCGGAUAGUAUCUGAUGCGAAGGCAGAUUAUCCAGCAGCCUGCAACGCAAUGGAAACGCUCCUGGUGCACAAGGAUUUGGCAAGUAACGGAAUGCUUAUCGAACUCGUUACGGAACUGCGAAAGGAAGGUGUGACUCUAUAUGGGGGAAAACGAGCUAGCGCAAUACUUAAGAUCAAAGAGGCAAGUUCUUUCCACCAUGAGUACAAUUCACUGGCUUGCACUGUUGAAAUUGUGGAUGAUGUCUUUUCUGCCAUUGAUCAUAUACAUGAACAUGGAAGCGCACAUACCGACUGUGUCGUCGCUGAAGAUCAGGAAGUUGCUGAAAUUUUCUUGAAUCAAGUUGAUAGUGCUGCAGUUAUCCACAAUGCUAGUACACGUUUCUGCGACGGAGCUCGAUUCGGACUUGGUGCAGAGGUGGGAAUAAGCACCGGUAGGAUUCAUGCUCGAGGCCCAGUGGGGGUAGAAGGACUUUUGACUACGAGAUGGAUCUUAAGGGGGAGUGGGCAAGUAGUGAAUGGUGAUAAAGGAGUGGCCUACACCCAUAAGGAUCUUGGGGUGGCCAUGACAGUGACACAGUGCCCAUGAAGCUUCACUUCUUUUACCAGUCAUGUUGUCUUUUAUUUUUUGGUAGUUUACAAGAAUUUUUUGGUUGGUGAAUGUCGUAAUGUUUCUUUAAUAAUUUAAUUGAGUCUUUAUGCAAUCUAGAGUAAGAUUUCGAUAUGCAUUUUUAGAGAUGCUUAUUGAUGUUUAUAUACUCAUAAACAAUAGAAUAAAAAUGGGACCGUUGAGGAGAAAUUAGAUA